UCCGGUUCGGUCCCUAGCGUCCCCUCCGCUUCUCGCUUCCCCCCCCACCCCUCCCCUCCCACACUUCUCCUCCCUCCUGUUCUCGGGAAAGAGAGAAGCCUCCGCUGCUGGUGGGUAGGGGAGCGUUCGGCGCCUGUGGGAGGGGAUCGCGCCCAGCCCCUCUGAGCCCAAGAGCACCGCCAGACCAGAUUACAAAAUAUCCUCCUAUGCUUGAGACCUACAGACUACAUGUCCUACAAGAACGAUCCAGUGGUUUUUCAUCCCUUGGAGAUAUAUUAGAAACAUAAAUAUGGUGCCAAAAGAAGUUCUUACCUUUCUCUGACUACGGUUUAUUUGGACACACUUUUGUAUUGAAGAGAGGUAUACAUCCUGAGGCUACUCACUGUGGAGAGACUCUAUCGUGUAGGAUCAUGGACCACCCUAGUAGGGAGAAGGAUGAAAAACAACGGACCACUAAACCCAUGGCACAAAGGAGUACACACUGUUCCCGACCAUCUGGCUCCUCAACAUCCUCUGGAGUUCUUAUGGUGGGACCCAACUUCAGAGUUGGCAAGAAGAUAGGAUGUGGGAACUUCGGAGAGCUCAGAUUAGGUAAAAACCUCUACACCAAUGAAUAUGUAGCUAUCAAACUGGAACCAAUAAAAUCACGUGCUCCACAGCUUCAUUUAGAAUACAGGUUUUAUAAACAGCUUGGCAGUGCAGGUGAAGGUCUCCCACAGGUGUAUUACUUUGGACCAUGUGGGAAAUACAAUGCCAUGGUGCUGGAGCUCCUUGGCCCUAGCUUGGAGGAUUUGUUUGACCUCUGUGACCGAACUUUUACUUUGAAGACUGUGUUAAUGAUAGCCAUCCAGUUGCUUUCUCGAAUGGAAUAUGUGCACUCAAAAAAUCUCAUUUACCGAGAUGUUAAGCCAGAGAACUUCCUGAUUGGCCGACAAGGCAAUAAGAAAGAGCAUGUUAUACACAUUAUAGACUUUGGACUGGCCAAGGAAUACAUUGACCCUGAAACCAAAAAACAUAUACCCUAUAGGGAACACAAAAGUUUAACUGGAACUGCAAGAUAUAUGUCUAUCAACACGCAUCUUGGCAAAGAGCAAAGCCGGCGGGAUGAUUUGGAAGCCCUAGGCCAUAUGUUCAUGUAUUUCCUUCGAGGCAGCCUGCCCUGGCAAGGACUCAAGGCUGAUACACUAAAAGAGAGAUAUCAAAAAAUUGGUGACACCAAAAGGAAUACUCCCAUUGAAGCUCUCUGUGAAAACUUUCCAGAGGAGAUGGCAACCUACCUGCGAUAUGUCAGGCGAUUAGACUUCUUUGAAAAACCUGACUAUGAAUAUUUACGAACACUCUUCACAGACCUCUUUGAAAGGAAAGGCUACACCUUUGACUACGCCUACGAUUGGGUUGGGAGGCCUAUUCCUACUCCAGUAGGGUCAGUUCAUGUAGAUUCUGGUGCAUCUGCAAUAACUCGAGAAAGCCACACACACAGGGAUCGGCCAUCACAACAGCCUUUACGAAAUCAGACUGCAUCGUCAGAGCGCCGAGGAGAGUGGGAAAUCCAGCCCAGCCGGCAGACCAAUACCUCGUACCUGACGUCUCACUUGGCUGCAGACCGCCAUGGGGGAUCAGUACAGGUGGUUAGCUCAACAAAUGGAGAGCUGAAUGUCGAUGACCCCACGGGAGCCCACUCCAAUGCACCAAUCACAGCUCACCCCGAGGUGGAGGUAGUGGAGGAAGCUAAGUGCUGCUGUUUCUUUAAGAGGAAAAGGAAGAAGACUGCUCAGCGCCACAAGUGACCAGUGCCUCCCAGGAGUCCUCAGGCCCUGGGGACUCUGACUCAAUUGCACCUGCAGCUCCUGCCAUUUCUCCUUGGAAAGGACUCCCCUGUCGGGGAGGGUGGAGAUCCAAACCAAAACUAAGAAAACAG